UCAGUCCGUUCGCUGGUUCAGUUCAUUUAGAAAAUAUCAUGGCCGACAAGUUAGUCGACCAUUAUAUGAAAUAAGAAUUGAAGGAAGAACGCGGUGCAGUUCUCAAUAUGUUUAACAAAGGUUAAAGUUUUAUUAAAUGUAAUUUUCCGUCUGAGUUCAAUAUGCCUUGAAGCGUCCUAUUUUAAAGUUCUACCUGCUCUCUCAAAAGAAGUUAAUUUAUUGCAGAUCGUGGAAAAGUUAGGACCCUAUCUGACCAAUCAAGAAACAGAUAAAAGAUGCAAGGGAACACAACUGCUGUGCUUGUUGCUUUGUCGGCUUGUAACCAAUGAACUCCUCAAGAAAGAAGGUAUGCUUAUGAUAAUUUAUUACUGUUUUGGUGGAAUUUUUUUGUGAUUGUCUGAAGGAUCAUUUCUCUCUGGCUCCUCAUGCCUUCUCUGGUUUAUUGGCUUUGGUAAGCUAUAAGGUGAUUCAAGAAGGAUUAACUGUUAGGAUAGUUCAAGCAAUUUUCAAAGAGAUUCAUGUACAGGAUCCAAGAAACUUGCUGGUUUGUUUCAAGCUUGUUCAAAUCAUCGUAAAGAGAUUUCCUAUUCGUAUGAAAAAUAAUUAGGACGAAUUUCUUGUAAGCAAAUACCCUGGCUAUUCUAUCCCAUAGCACUUUGCAAAUUUGUCUUUUUUGAUGAGAGCUAUGUCCGUCUCGUGAUUACUACAUUUGAAACACAUUCAGUUAUGCUUAAAAAGUAUGGUGGCUUGGAGAGCUUUCUUGGGCAUCGUGCAUUCUCAUAGUUGCCCGUUGUAGGCUUGUAGCUAAUGUUUCUUAAUCAACUGUCCGGAUACACUAUGAAUGAAGCCCAAUAGACAGUCACGAGCAUUUAAUUUUGGCUUCAGACGUAGCAAAUAAAUAAAGUUGACGUUACGUGGCUCAAGUGAUGUGGUUCAUACUGCUUGAAUUUGCUGUAAAACUAUAUGACUUGAUAGGACGAUGCAAGAUAUUGUUUAUAAAGUUGUUCCAAACUUAUUUGAAGAUGAAGAAGUGAGGGAAGAUGAAUUUUACGACGAAAGAGGAAUGCCAGUGCCAAAGAAAGAUAUCGAAACGGAAGAAUGCGAAAGCGACGAGGAAUCGCACUCAUCUUUGGUGAACGACAUCACAGAAUACAUCAACAAUUACCGUGAUGAUGAGUUGAUUUCAAUUUACUUCAAGCCGUACGACGGACCUUUGGAAAAUCUCUACAAACACGUAAUAUCAAGACAGUAUUUACGUUGCUCGCAUCGUGUGCUUUUAUUGCAUCUUGAAAAACUGUUUAAAAAAAAGAUCAACCUGAUGGAAGAACAAGAGUUGCAGUUUUUCUGUGCAAAUAAAUUGGUUAAUAGUGCAAGCUCAUUGAAGCAAUUGUAUGUCGUGAAUUGGGGAUUAAAGGAUUUACCAAUGUGUCUUCAACAUCGCGUUUAUUCAACGCCCAAGGAGGAUAAUUCGACUAGUUUCUACUCUCCAUUGACGCAAGAUACCAUCGUUCCGAACGAUAUUUCAACUGUUCAUUCUCCAUUGACGCAAGAUACCUUUAUUCAAAUGGUAUUUCAACUAGUGUCCAUUCUCCAUUGGCGCAAAAUACCAUCAAAAUACCAUCAACGACACAAGAUGUCAUUAUUCAGAAAAAUAAUUCUACUAGUGUCCAUUCUCAAUUGACGCAAGAUUCCACUAUUCAAAAGAAUGAUUCUACUAGAGUCCAUUCUCCAUUGACGCAAGAUUCCAGUAUUCAUAAGGAUACUUCAACUAAUGUCCAUUCUUCAAUGACGCAAGAUACAUGGUUGUAAUGAUUCUUCAAGGAAAUUGAUUUUCCUGUUAUGCAAGGGAUUUCCUUUGACAUUAAUGUGGUCAUUUAUCUUUCCUUACAUGAAUUUCCACCAGAAAGUUGUGAUACGGUUUGCACGUAUGUGUGGUGUACCUAAUGAAUGGUGCACGUUGCAGUUGAAGUUGACUAAUAAUUCUUGUGUAGUAGCUUCAAGUAUUUCCUUGUUACAGGAUGAAGCUUGAGUAGAGUAGAACAUGUACUUAUGGUUUGUGCAAGGUAUUGUAGGUACUGCAGAGCCUGGGGACGCACCCCUCUUUCUCUCUCUCAUCAUUAUUUUCUUAAUUGAAAGAAAUCUGUAGUCCUGAGUUGGCUAAACUUACAAAGAUAACAAUCUGCCUUUCAAGGAGGAAGGGAUUGAAUUCACGAUUUCCACAGUCUAAUGCUUACCCUCCGCACUGAACGUUCCGCUUUCUGUAUAAUAAUUAGAAACCUAUAAAA